AUGGGUUUGGAUACAAAGCUUCUGAAAACUGUGCUUAUAUGGGUAAUGGCAGCAGCCACGACAAGAUCAGCAUCAGAAGCAGAAAUUCCCCAAACCAUAAGAGCAGAUUGCCAAUACAAGUGUGGGGAAGUUAGCAUCCCAUACCCCUUUGGCACAAAUGACAAGCUAUACUAUACAGGGUGUCUUUCACUGUGUACAAGUACUGACAGCCUAGCCAAUGGUUCCUGCUCGGGCAUUGGAUGCUGCAAAGCCGUUAUCCCGAAAAUGACGUACAUUUUUAGUGUAAAAUUCCAAAGCUUCCAUAACCACACUGGGAUUUGGGACUUCAAUCCUUGUAGCUGUUCCUUUUGGGUAGAAGAAGAGUCUUAUGACUUCUCCACUGUUGAUCUUGUUGAUCUCCAGAGUAGGAGCAAGGUUACCACAGUGAAUGAUUGGAGUAUUGAGCAACAAACAUGCAAAGAAGCACAAGAAAAUGUGACAAGUUAUGCACGCAGCCAGGAUCAUAGCUUUUGCCUUGACUCUGAUAAUGGUCCAGGAUACCGUUGUAGUUGCUCUCCAGGUUAUCAGGGCAUUACUUACAUCCCCAAUGGUUGCCAAGAUGUUGACGAGUGUGCUGAUCCAAUGCUUAAUGACUGUGAAGAAAGAUCUUGCAUUAACCAAAAGGGGAGCUACCCUGUGCUUGCCCCCGAGACUACCAUGAGGAUGGCCAAAAAAAUGGAGAAGGCUGCGUUGGUUAUCAACUUCGAUCUCCAAUGUCCCAAUUCUGAUAUGAAAAGUAGUGGAGCAGGCCUCGUUCUACUGCUAGCUAGUGGUGGCUGGUUCUAUCUGGGACUCAAGAAAAGAAAGCUUAUCAAGCUAAAAAAGCAUUAUUUUCAGCAAAACGGUGGCUUAAUGUUACAAAAACAACUCUUGAGACCAGAAGAAUCCAUUGACACUACCAAAAUUUUCACAGAGGAAGAACUCAAAAUGGCCACCAACAACUUUGAUGAGAGCAGAAUCAUUGGCCGCAGCGGAUAUGGAACAGUCAAUCACAAGAAUGUAAUUAAACUCUUCGGGUGUUGUUUAGAGACAGAAGUGCCAUUGCUUGUUUAUGAAUUUGUCACCAAUGUUACCCUCUCUGACCAUAUCCAACAAGAGAACACAAAUUCCACUGCCACCAUUCCUUAG